GACCUUCAGAGAAGGAGUGAGUUUCACUUUUAAGAGAUAAAAACAGUGUCUGCCGUAAGGUAGCGACUGUCCAGGUUUAAAGUUGCAUAGUAAGCUACAGUAGUAGUAAUAAUGGCAGAUGUACCAGAUGAGUUGUUGCACGCACUUCAGCAUAGUUGGUUUGACUUGUGAACUACAAGUCACUACUAAUAUAGUUUCUUCUAGUCUGCAAGAUGCCAUCCAAAUACCUGGCUGUUCCAGUGGUGGUGGGUGUUGGUGUUGUUAUUGUGACUGCAAUAUUGGCAAAAGUAUAUUUUAGUCGGAAGAAGUCAAAAGAGCCUUUGAUUACUUUAAAAGAUCCCACUGUAAAAUAUGCUUUACCUCUGAUUGAGAAGAAAGUUAUUAGCCAUGAUACUAGGAAGUUCCGGUUUGGUCUUCCAUCAGAAGAACAUAUUCUGGGUCUCCCUAUUGGCCAACACAUACAUCUUUCUGCAAAAAUUGAUGAUCAGAUUGUUAUUCGGUCAUACACACCAGUUUCAAGUGAUGAAGAUAAGGGUUAUAUGGAUCUUGUCAUUAAGGUUUACUUCAGGAAUGUUCAUCCAAAAUUUCCUGAAGGUGGCAAGAUGAGUCAAUAUCUUGAGGACAUGAAGAUAGGUGAUACAAUUGAUGUGCGUGGACCGUCUGGUCGCUUAGUGUAUCUUGGCAAUGGCCGCUUUUCCAUAAAAGUGCUUAGGAAGGAUCCAGCAUCAACUGUGGUAGUCAAAAAGGUUGCAAUGAUUGCAGGUGGUACUGGGAUUACACCAAUGUUGCAGUUGAUCCGGCACAUAACUCGCACUACUGAAGACACAACUCAGCUUGCCUUGUUGUUUGCAAAUCAGUCAGAGGAAGAUAUCCUUCUUCGUGAAGAAUUAGAAGAGGUGUCAAAGGCACAUCCAGAGCAGUUCAAGUUAUGGUACACUAUAGAUAGGCCUUCCGAAGGUUGGAAAUACAGUACUGGAUUUGUAUCAGCAGAAAUGAUAAAGGAACAUCUUUUCCCACCAGCUUCAGACACCUUGGUGUUAAUGUGUGGACCCCCUCCUAUGAUCAAUUUUGCUUGUGUGCCAAAUCUUGAUAAACUAGGAUAUGAUCCUAAAUUGAGAUUUGCCUACUAAGUAAAUUUACAGUAGGGUAAUGUGUUUUUGGAAUCCGAAUUUGUUAGGUAAACAUCUUCAUAUGAAUGGAAUUAUAAUAAUAGUUUUAUAGUGAGAUUGUUUAGCAAGAUUAUGGGUAAGGCAGUUUAUGCUGCCACCUAUAAUAGUGUAGUUCGUUUUGUAUAAGAGUAUAUCAUCAUGUCAUAUCAGAUGUGAUCAUUUUUUUGUAUGUUUUUGCCAAUGUGUUUAAUGCCUAGAAAGUUGGUGCUUAAAAAUCCAAAGUCACAAGGUUGAUAAAUGUAUCUUUACCAUUCCCUGGAGUGCUCUCCAACUCAGGAUAUACAUAUUCCAGCACUGUGUGAUAUGAUUUUUAUAUAGAUAUAAAGUAAAUGAUGGCAUUCAUCCCAUUUUAGACAUAGGGAUUUGCAUUUACUUAGGAUUAGGAAAUGUGUUGGAUGACUCUUUGUGAGACAGCUUGUAUGUUGGCUUGUAAUAUGCUGUUAGGUACACUUCGGUGUGAGAUGCAAAGACAUUCGGUGUGAGAUGCAAAGACAUUGUCUUUGUCUUGUAUGCUUUAUAGUGAUUAGUUCGCCAUUACAUGUUGUUCAUAAUAACUGUUGCUGACCAAAAAAGUUUGCUGCCAGUGUCAUAUAAUGGAAUGUUGUUAUGGAUUUGUGUGAAAGCAGAUUUUGCUCCUUGCAUUUCUCGGAUAGACAUUAAACAAGUUAAAGAUAAAUUACAUGAUUUAGUGACAUAGCUGUACAUAUUAAUCAUCUUCAAAAUGUUUUACUUUGGUGUAGAUGCUUUGGAUUAAAGAUCUUGGUUCUUGCUGCCAACAAAUAAAUAUAUCAUAUUUUUAGAUAUAUAAUAAACAUGUGCUAUACCCAGGAAAAUCGUACAGCUUUCUGUAAAGCGUUCAAACUUUACUUUAAAAAAGGUAUGUGAUCUUAGGGUAGUUUAUUGCCCAGUAGAAUCAAAUUUGCUAAUUUGUGUUCUUAUGGCAGUGCUAGUGAAGACAGUAUAAAUUUAUAUCACCUAAGUAAAAAACAGCACAAUAGUUAGGCAUGUUCUGAAAGAGCUUUACAUUUGUUGAUGUACAGUUAGUACUAGAAUAUACUUGAAUUGUCAUUAACAACUGAUGUGAAUCUAGAACAGUCAGUGAUGCAACAUUUAUUGGCUGCUAUUUUAGCACUUAUGGCAUUAGAAAAUUAAAUAUAAAUGAUAUGUCUAACUUUCGAGACCACCAAUCCAGGUCACUAAAUACAUUGAACACUUAGAACAAUAAGAGAGACCUGCUGUCUUAAGAGAUUUUGACAGUAUUAUUCAAGUAACUGGCUUUCACCUUUUCAUUUUAAUGUGAUUAGAUUGAAAACAAGUAAUUAUUUUAGGUUAUUCUUGUAAUUAAUGUAAAUCGAAACAUGCACAAUAGUUUUUGAAACAGUAAAACAGUUGUGAAUUCUU